GACUCUCAUCGGGAUACGCAGUCACCCAUGUUGCAGCCGAUGCCCGCACAGAGCAAUCGCGUCACGAUGCUGAGGCCGCUUGGUGGGAUCAAACCGGAGACGAGCCAGAAAACUGGGGCACGUGGGGACGUGGAAGAACGGAGGUUGAGGAGACCAUCAUCAGCAAGGUCGCCGAGCCCUGGCGCAAGGCUCGAUUGGUGGUUAGCUUGAUGCGGAUUCUUCCAGCAGAGGUGAAAGACAGCCAGGAGGAAGUUGCAAGCCUGUUGCGAUACAUGCGCAACCUGGAUCCGGCCCAAUCAGCUAGAGAUGCUUUGGAGUGUAUUCGCAGGAUGAGCCUUAUCAAGCUGUCUCCUGACAUCCAGCGUCCCACGGAGCUAGGUGAGCUCACGCAUGCCAUCAGCUAUCCACAGGGAUUAGGAGGAGGAUAUCUCAGCGCUGCCACCACAUGUGAGAUCACUCUUGAUGCGAAUGCGCGCGAGGGUAUGUGCACACCAGAUACCAACAUCCUCGUCUUCAGGACACCCGAUGCCGGCGCUAACGAAGUGUUACGGCAAAGCCAAGUUAUGCCAAAACGCACCUCCAAACUUCAGUUGACGCUUGCGAACAACACCGAGAUCGAAGCAGGCCGAACGCGGGAAGGUGAGGUAGUGGUGCGAGGAGAAGGCAAGGACAUCAUUGUUGGAGUUUGUAGGCUAGUUGCGAUAGGCUGCGAGUUUACUUGGAAAAAGUGUGGAGCGUGGCUCAGACUUCCAGCCCAGUGUGAUGCCCAGUGGAUCGAGCUAGAAGUGUGCAACGGCUUACCUUAUGUGUCGUGGGAGGUGUUCGUGAGGCUUCGACCACUGUUGACCAAAUGGUGGAAGGAACAUCACACGCCUUUCGCCGCAACAGCGUGUACAGCUGAGGAGCCGGUUGUCAAUUACGCGAUAUCCUGGCAGGAAGUUUGUGACAUCGCGGCUGCGCCAUUGCAAUCUGCAGCGGAUGUGGCUACAGAGGCUGAGGAGCUAGCAGCCACAACACUGAGACAGGGAUGCCUGGAUUUUCAGAAGGUGGCCGCGGUAAUUCGGAGUAGCAAACUGCCGAAGCGCAUGCAGCCAUCGCGGGAGUGCAUUGACCAUGCAGGUGUCGGACCAAGACAGGUCAUAUUUGCGGAUGCUGAAUUUUCCUUUGCCAUCACAGCCGGUGUCAGUGUUGAUCAGGGCGGCAGUGCUCCGGUUGAGUUCGGGGAAGAGUGUUUCGGCGAAUCGAUAGGACUCGAGGGUCUGGGCGAUGAGGAACAUGCCAAGCGCAAGAGCUUGAAGGACUUGAUAGCCCAGGGCUUACGACAUCCACAUCGCAAGCUCAAGGCUGCUGAUGUAGCUCUGGGUUCGUUGGCUAUAGACAUAGCUGGUCCGUACAAGGAAGGAUUCGGUGGUUACAAGUACGGGUUGAUCGGGGUGUUUACCUUCCAGCACAGUGGUCCUGGAUUGCACUUUGUGCGGCUACUUCGGAGUCGCAAGGUGGAUGAGGUCCAAGCUGGGGUCAUUGGAAUCAUUAGCCAGCUGACGGCGAUGACAGGGUCAAAGGACUUCGUCGUGCGUUUGCAUUCUGAUAAUGCUUUGGAGUUUGUGACGCAGCGAUUCAGUGACCAUAUCAACAGCCAGGGGAUCUUUAAGACCAAGACGGUUCCUCACAACCCCGCCUCGAAUGGCAGGGCCGAGCGAGCUGUGCAGUCAUUGAAACGUGCAGCUUUGGCAUUCCUCAUAGAGGGAGGCUUGGAGCGGCGGUUUUGGCCGUAUUGCAUCUUGGAAGCCGCAUCGUGUCAGCGUGACGGCGUACUGGGAAGCAAGUUGCCGAAGCUGGUGCCGGGAGAUUCGUGUGCUGUCAAGGUACAACAGUCUGAGCCUUUUGAGCCGAAAGUUGAAACAGCGAGGUAUUUAGCACGGGAUCCCGAGACCUCUAAGGGGGCUUUUGUGCUUGUUAGAAGGAACGGUCGAGAUCAAUUGACCCGAGCGCGAGAGCCGGCCAAGUUGGAGAUUAGCGGUGAUGAAAAGUGGAGGCCUUGCACCCUGGAUGACAAGCAUUUCUGGGUUUCAUCAAAGGGACGGGUCAAGGAGAUGACAGAAAAAGUCGAGGUACCAACUCUUGAAGAACGACUCUUUGGACCUAGUGGUGAAGAGCUUGUCUUCGGGGCCAGUCCGGAACAUGGGGAUGUGGUCGCCAAGGUUGCAAGGGUCUGCGAAGAACCGCGGUCAGGUAUGAAUACGACCCAGGAGGAGGGAAAGUACGCUCAUUGGUCUUCGUGCAUGGAGCAGGAAGCUUUGGAUGCGGAACGCAUGGCAGCUAUCUUGGCAGAACAGCAACUGGUAACGGAGACGGUGGGAAAUGAAGUGCUGACUUCGGGAAGUGUUCUCAGUCAAAGAAAAUGGCGAGAUUCAGUGACGGGCGAGAUUGGAAAUAUGGCUACAAAGGAGGUGUGGAUCCAAUGUAAGGCCUCUCAGGUGCGGGAGAAGUUGGGGCUCAGAGAACAUGAACGGACCCCCAUUCCUCUUCCGAUGAAGUUGGUCUUGACUCGCAAACCGUUGCUGGAGGGCGGAGACUUGACAGAGGAGAAGCAUUUGAAGGAUCAGAUUCCCAAGGCAGCUAGCGAUUUGACAGCUGCGAGCGCUCAGGAAUUAGCCGAGCUUGCGGAACUAGCAGCUUUUAAAGCCAAGUGUAGAUUAGUCGUAUGCGGCAACUUUGAACAACAGCCUGGCGAUGACAUCUCAAGCCAGAAUGUCGACGCUGAUACGCUCAGAUUCCUGGCGCACAAGUGGGCAUCAAAUAGGAACUGGAAGGGGCUUGCAUUUGACAUAAGCGCUGCCUUUCUGAACGCGUGGCUAUCGGCAGGUACCAAGAUUACAAUGAAGCCACCGGCCAUCCUUGUCAGGUUGGGCUAUUUCGACGAGGACACCAUUCUGAUUCCCCAGAAGUCGUUGUAUGGUUUGAGGCGCGCCCCGAGAGACUGGGAACAGGAAAGGUCUGCAAAGAUGGACGGCGUGGUACUUCCAGCUGCCGAGACCGACGAGCUUGGAGACUUGGUCCUUCAUCCGCAUUCUGACAUCCCAGGGCUCUGGACAGUGCUGGAUGGCGAAGCGAUUGUUGGCUAUGUCACCAUGUUUGUCGAUGACGGGUUGGGUAUAG